UCCCCGCCCCGCGCACCCGGACUGACCCUCCCGGACCAGCCCCAGGGGGGCGUGUGCGGGAGGGGGAGGAGCAGAGGGAAACGGGGACUCUGCGCGCAUGCGCCCUCCGCGCGGACUCGGCGGAGCCCCGCCCCGCGCCAGCAGCUCGCUGUGGGGAAGCUGCGGCGCUGAGGAGCCUCUCGCGGCGCCUGGGAACGGCCUGGCGGGGCUCGGCAGGGUUUCAUAUGAUGAGGCUUUUAUUAUGGCCAGUGACCCAUUGGAAGGCUUUCAUGAAGUGAACCUAGCUUCUCCCACUACACCAGAUCUUCUUGGAGUGUAUGAGCCAGGGACUCAAGAACCAACUACCUCACCCAGCGUAAUCUACCGCCCACAUCCUUCUGCUGUGUGCUCUACACCUAUCCAACCCAAUGCAUUAAAUGUUUUUGACCUUCCCACACAACCUGUUUAUUCAUCUCCAAGGCACCUAAAUUGUGGGGAAACAUCAGGCAUCAACAUCAAUGUUACAGACACGGUUCCUUGUUCUACCUCUGGACCCCAGAGUGGGUCAUCCAAACACAGUAGUUCCAGAAAGGAGAGCAAUAAUGCAGAGAGAGAGUUUUUGCAGGGUGCUACACUAACGGAUGUUUCCGAAGGGAAUGAAGAUAUUUUUGGGCUGAGUACAGACAGUCUGUCUCACUUACGGAGCCCAUCUGUACUGGAAGUAAGAGAGAAAGGCUAUGAGAGAUUGAAAGAAGAACUUGCAAAAGCUCAGAGGGAGCUGAAAUUAAAAGAUGAAGAAUGUGAAAGACUUUCUAAAGUGCGAGAUCAACUUGGACAGGAAUUGGAAGAACUUACAGCUAGUCUAUUUGAGGAAGCACACAAAAUGGUGAGAGAAGCUAAUGUCAAACAAGCUACUGCAGAAAAACAAUUAAAAGAAGCACAGGGAAAGAUUGAUGUCCUUCAGGCUGAAGUAGCAGCUUUGAAAACACUAGUACUGUCCACUUCACCAACAUCACCAACUAAGGAGCUUCAGUCUAGUGGAAAAGCUCCAUUUAAAAAAGGACAUGCAAGAAACAAAAGUACAAGUAGUGCUAUGUGUGGCAGUCAUCAAGACCUCACCACAGUGCAGCCAAUUGUGAAAGACUGCAAAGAGGCUGACUUAUCUCUGUAUAAUGAAUUCAGAUCCUGGAAGGAUGAGCCGACGAUGGACAGAACAUGCCCUUUCUUAGAUAAAAUCUAUCAGGAAGAUAUCUUCCCAUGUUUAACCUUCUCAAAAAGUGAGUUGGCUUCAGCUGUUUUAGAGGCUGUUGAAAACAACACCCUGAGCAUUGAACCAGUUGGCCUGCAACCUAUUCGAUUUGUGAAAGCUUCUGCAGUUGAAUGUGGGGGACCAAAGAAAUGUGCUCUCAGUGGACAAAGUAAAUCAUGCAAGCAUAGAAUCAAGUUAGGGGACUCAAGCAGCUAUUACUAUAUUUCUCCUUUUUGCCGAUACAGGAUCACUUCUGUGUGUAACUUCUUUACAUACAUUCGGUAUAUCCAACAAGGACUUGUGAAGCAGCAGGAUGCGGAUCAGAUGUUUUGGGAAGUUAUGCAGCUGAGAAAAGAGAUGUCAUUGGCAAAACUUGGAUAUUACAAGGAAGAGCUCUAAUUCUUUACAGUCUGGCGCAUGCGUGAACUUCGAUAUGGAUAAACUCUAAAAUGGCUGAAAUUUUUUGUCACUUGAUAUUUAUUUCCAACAAGUCGGUCCAAGAUCUUUUCUCCUUUUUGCAAAUUGCACUAAGUACUGUGAUUGUUUUAAACUCUCCUAUGCUGUGUAUGCUUAGAUAUACUUCAGUUGAACAAAAUGUGGCAAGUACUCAUUAUUGUAAUUUACAAUUGAAAACAAAACCUCUGAUUAAAUAAAUGUUAGAUUGAA